AUGAACGGAUUAGUCUCGACGAUGGCCAAUCUUUGGAUGCUUAUGUUUCUUUUGCCAUUACGAACCAUGGCUUAUAUUUCAGAUUCAUGGGCUAUGUUAUCGUCAGAUAGGCCAUCUGCUCCACAAUGUGUUGAAAUUCCUAAAAAUCUUACGCUAUGUUAUGGAAUUCAGUAUACAAAAAUGCGUUUACCGAACCUUCUUGAGCACGAGACGGUGAACGAAGUAAUAGAACAGGCCGCACCAUGGAUACCAUUACUUAGGCUUAAUUGCCAUCCAGAUACCCAAUUAUUUCUUUGUUCACUAUUUGCACCAGUAUGCCUGGCAACCAUGGAUCGAGAAAUAUUACCUUGUCGAUCAUUAUGCACGGCUGUACAAUUGGGUUGCGAAAAUAGAAUGCAACAAUAUGGUUUUCCAUGGCCAGAAAUGUUAUCAUGUAGUAAAUAUCCAGCUGAUAACGAUAUGUGUAUUGGCGCUGUUUCGGAGCGAUCCACAAAUCUUAGCAAUAUUUGCUCAUCUUGCAAUCAAAUUGGCACAUAUGAAAAUAUUCUCGAUCAUUACUGUCGCUCUCAAAUCGUAUUGAAGGCACGAAUUGGCAGUAUUAGCGAUUCACAUGUUAAAGUAAGAAAAGCUCGAUCAUUAAAGCGAAAUGAUCGAAGAAGAUCAUUGCUGCGAGAUACUGUAAUUCACUUUUCCGCCGAACGAGGUUGUCCGUGCCCAGUUGAUAGUUCGCCAGACAGUCGAUUGUUAAUAAUGGCUAAUCAAAAUGAUAAAGGCGAUCUAAUUGCGAAUCUUAUCUUGCCUUGGAACAACGCUGAUAAACCAUUCAAAAAGGCAAUUCGAAGCUUUCGUAAAUUAAACUGUCAGUCAUUAGGUCGAGAAAUUCGAGAAAGCGCAUAUCGCAGAAGUUUUCACCGAAAAAUUCACUAA